CAUCGAUGAGGCCCUAACAAAUAGGGCAUCAUCCUUCAGUGCUUCAAACCCUUCCUUUUACCAAUAUUUUUGUCCUUUUCACUGUUGCUGCCUUUCUUGGCGUGCCGGUUCAAGUCUGUCGCUCGAGUUGUCUCUGUGUCCCGCCGAGGGGAUAUCUUCGCUCGCACGAGCAAGACACUCGCGUUGCGGCUCAAAUUGUAGCUGCAGCAUUCAGAGCUCCGCGCAACUUUACGCUGUGCUAAAGGGUUAUCUUUUGUGAGCACUUCCGCUAGCCUGCAGUUUGAGACAUUUUGACUGGCUGGUUAACCGUGAAGGCGUCAGUACCAGCUCUAUUAACACCAGCCAACGAUUCAUCGUGUAGCAGUCAUCGUAAACUCGGAGGACUGUGAUCCUCGUUGAGCCUGCUUCAUCCUUUUCCCUGUGCAACUCCACUUGUACUUUCUCACUGUGUUUACUGACUGCCUGGGUUCCAGUGGUCCAAAAUUCGCUUUCUGUUUGCCACAUUCCCCAGAUCCUCGCCGACCUGCACCCAUGGCCAGCAAUUCUGUACCGCAGGCCCGCCAUGCGGUACCUGUUGAUUUUGCAGCUCUAGAAGCAAUGUCUUCGCCUCAUGGUUUCACACUAACUGAUCGCCCGGGAAAUGACAUAUCCGUUUCUGCAGGUACCGUGAACUCCCGCGGGGAACAGCCGCUUUUCCCCCGGAAAUUCGCAGAACAUCCAGUUGAUCUCGAACUCGUCGCUCCACGAAAUGUAGCUCAGACGGCAUUGCAUUUGCAGAACGGAAAUAUGGUGAGAGAGUCAGGGAACUCCGAUUUGGAAGCUGACACCAGAGGUUCAAGUUGGAGCACUGCAGCUAUCGGAUCCGAAUACAGCACAGAUGAUUCAACGGAUCAGGCUUGCGACAGGGUGACACAAGGAUAUACCAGAUUGUUGCCCGAAUCUGGUGUGUUAGUUGCAAACGAACCGGACGAACCUGUUGGCUGUCAAGCUUCCACUGAAGGCAUUCAUGCCUAUCCUGAUGCAGGGGGGGCGAACGGCGGGUCCCAUGUCUCCUCUUUGCAGGCAAAUGAAGGCACCCCACAGUACAGUGAAGAAGAGAGCGAUGGGAAGGGCUGCAGCGACAGCAAAAACGCUGCCCAGUCGAAGAAAGACUUUUCCUUUACGAUGGCACCGAACUUUCUUGCCGGUGACAACACACCCCUUUAUCAUACCGCUUCCGGGAGAGUGCGCAAGGAAUUUUUCUCUGGUGGUUUUUCCCCGUCAGAAAGCCUCACGCGGAGCAAGUCUCCUCGUUUGCCUCUUUCUGUUGAAAGUUAUAGUGACGCGACAACGGUCACCGGUGGUCUUGACUCGAACCGUAAAACCUCACUCAUACACACACUUGGUGGAGCAGUUUUCAGUCCCCGCGACGAACCUGGCUCUCUGGCAAUACAUGUGACUGUCAUGAAUCCCCAUGCGCCCACUUAUACUGAUUCCUCUACCACCAAGGUUCCAAGGUCGUCUCGACAGUCACGCUCCUCAAGCGCAUCCGCAGCCUCGUCCAGGUGCAAGGGAAAAGACAGCGAGAGCCGAUUUCGAUUCAAGCACUCGCCUCGUCUCUGCUCGCCACGCCCGCUCCUCAGUUUCAACAGCCCCCUCCCUUUCCGGGAACGUGGCCUUUCUCCCGGAAACAACCAUGUGUCCAUUCCGACGUCACCCACGGUGAAGUCGCGGGGAGUUCGCCCGCCUCGGAACUCUGUAACUCAAAUUCGCAGUUCCGUGUCUACGGUGCUGCGGCAGGCUGUGUCGUCGGAGGAAGGAUGUGGCAAUAGGCAGAGAAAUCAGCCGCUGUGCAACUCUGGCGGAACCACGUCGAGGAAUCGAGGGACAUUGUCAGGUCGUAAAAACACUCUCUCAUCCAGACCUUUGUCAUGCCCUCCCCGUCGUGGUGCCGAUCCCAUGAUUUCUGAGGCACCAGUUCCGCUCCCCUUUCCGUCAUUUCGCGAGCAGGGACAGGCGGGAUAUCGACAUUUCCGUCCUGGCACAGAUCUGCGUUUGCCUUCCGACGACUUCCUAAGGGCUUUCACGUGGCUCCCUCGCCACUCCGUUGUGGCGACGCCCCGUGUCUGCAGCCAGCUAGAGAAAAAAUGCUUGUUAUCUUCGCGCGGUGUGAGGGCAGGGCGUUCCCCAGCAUCGAGCCACAGUCCCAAAAUGUCGAGUUCUAAAAAAGUGUCGACGCCGGAGCGCCACGUCAAGAGUUCCCCCACACGAUCGCUGCCGAAAAAACUGGAAAUUAGUUUCUCAGACGUCUGUGCCUUACAUGAGCCUCUGGAGUGCCGAUUUGGCCCCUCCAUGAGCAGUGCUCGGACGCGAAAGUGCCCGGGAUCUGCCGGGCUCCGAAGCUUCGAAACAGAACUGAAGGAGAGGACUUUGAAUAUCGAGACAGCAAGAGAUACACAGGUACCCCUCAUCGAACCGGGACCCGUGAAGCAAGGAGCUCUGCUGGUAGCUAACGGUCCUGACUUUUCAGGAAAUAUAACGACGGGCUCUAACUUAAACGAUCCGUGUGACUUGGCGGUUAGCACUGCCACAGCAGACGGUGGUUCUAGUGACCCACAACUCGGUGGUCAGCCUCAAAUCGUGAGUAAUUUGUGUCAAACAAGCACACAUUCUGUCGACGACAAUGCCUGUGGAAGUUUGUCUCCGGGUGAAUCACCGCGGCACCUACCUGACUCAAACAUUGAAGGCCUCUCGGAAGAAUCGCAUGAUCAACUGUCUGCAAAUGAGCAAGUCGCCAAGCCACACGUUCCCGCCAGCCCCUGUCUGCUCCGCACGAGUAGGAAGUCAAAGCAAAAGUCGGAAAUGUUUGCCAGCCCUCGUAGCUCGACUGAAGUGUACUCUCGCGCUGACCCUCCCUCCGCCAUCGUGUCCGGUGCGUUUCGAACGGGGAUGAGUUGUGUUCCUAAGCAACCGAAUAUCUCUGGACAUCGUAGAGACGGUCGCGGUGGAUCCGUCCCCGGGUCAGGGAGAAAGGAGGUACCCGACGCAUGCCGUUCGGAUGUUGGCGGAGCAGUUACCUCUGCGGCGUCUUCGAGGGGAGGCUCUCUUCGUGGUAGACCGCCAGUGGACCUCUUGGCGCUCGCCAUUCACCACAAGCUGCUGGAAUCCGGCAUUAUUCCGGCACCGCUUUCUCUGUGUCCUCGAGGACGAGGUUCGUCUCCGAGUGCAGGCAAGAGACCCAGUUCCUCAAGUGGCGGAGAGCCUAGCACGGAUCCGUGGCAGCUCAUUGCUGCCGCUCUGUCACAGGCAACACCACCUGAGAGCGCGCAGACGAGCAGGAGCCGGACAUCGAGGUGGAUAGACAGUCUGGGCGCGGCCAGGGGCCGUUACCAGCCUGUGCCCUUCACAUCCUUGUACGCCGUGCUUCGCAGAGAUCAUGGGCUCGUUCAUCGUCCUGUGCCCUCCUCGGAAACUAGAAGUCCAUGGGAAAGCGGUGUUUCGACGAGAAGGAGACAGUAUUCGUUCGAAACCACUGAGCUCAUAACGCACGACGGGAUCGCUGACGCAUGCAGGUUCGCUGACGUCUUCGAGGAUGCAGACCCCGACACUACCCACCAAAAUUCCCUCACAGGGGAUCUGUUGACGCCCGCGGCGUACGGCGGCUUUCGAGAAGCGUCUGCAUCUAUUAGAAUUCCGGAUGCGAUCGCUGGACACAACUCCGACGGAGCUGAAAGGUCACAACACAUCUCGCAGAAAGCCAAGCAGUCUGGCGGAUGCGCCUCCCAAAACAAGGCAAAAACAGGACUCGCCAAUACGCCGGCAACAUUUUCCUGUGCUUCCUCGGGAAGGACUUCCUCCACACGAAAAGCAGAAGCCCUGACUGGAGCAAAAUCAGCCGCGCGUCCGUGUCCGGGAACAAAGCUCAUUCAAAAACGAAAAUCUGUGUCACCCUCAGGGAAAGACGUGCCGCAGACCAUCGAAGAGUGGCAGAGUCAGAACGAUGCGGUGAACAAGAAAGUCUUUUCCUCAAUGAGCCCACGCGUUAUCAAAGAGGAGCUUCUGCGGCGCGGAUGGGUUGAGAAUCCUGAUGGAUUCAGCAAGUUUUUCCAUCUGCGCUGGCUGCCGAGUGCGGGGACACUCGGGCAACUGAGGGACAAGCAUAGGGCGGAGAUCGUUGCCUUGACCCCUGGCGUUGAAAUAACACCGUCCACUUCCGCGAGACCACCCGCGACAGCGAGAGAGCGGCAGAAAAAAGGAGCAGGGGCUACCUGCUUCGAUGCGUUUGACGAGGAGAAGCUGAUGCCGUAUCAGAUUGUGAACAAGUUUCCAGACACCUCCGGCCUAACCACGAGGAUUGGUUUGCUCAAGAGUUUGCGCUCGAACAUGCCCUUCCUUCUUGACAAACCUCAUGAUGCAGUGAUACCACGCAGCUACAUUCUGAAUGACGAAGAUGAAGUAGCUGCUUUCCGCGAGGACUACGUCCUCACGAGGUCUGAGGCUAUUCUAAAACGCUAUCUUCUGAGAUGGGCCUACUCACUGUCAGAGUCUUACGGGAAGUCUCUGUCCGUGUCAUCCGAGGAGUGCCCGACUCCGAACUCUUCUUCUAAAGGGUCCUCUCGUGUCGCUGCCGAGCCAGCAGAGGCGCUUGGAGUAGAGAAUGGCAAGGAGAUUUCGGAGACGCCACCCUCUGACAAUCCCCUGACCUCAGAAUCCAACACACCUUUCGGUCCACAAAAGACCCCAGAGGACGAGCCCGCAAACGAUACAGACUGUUCUGGUGACGGCUGUGACAGGCCUUCUCAGGUGUCUGCACAUGCGUUCACUCCCGCCAUCAUCGGACCCGAAAUGAAUCUUUCACGAACUAGUUUAGGCGUUGUGCUUUCUGAAAUAUUUCUUUUGGGUCCCAGUACUGGAACAACUGCUACCGAGGAAGGCUUGAUGUUUGAUGCCGUCAAAGUGGCGUUUCCAAAGCUGCCACCACAGGCAGUAAAGGCCGCGAUCUACGCAGUGUUCAGAGCCCGUGCGCAUCGCUCUCGGGCUGCCACAAUUUUGGAUUGCUCAAUUAUCAGCGAAACAGAGCUGGCCAGCCUGGAGAAGCCAUCCCUCCACUUGCCUGCCGAUAUCGACCUUGAGAAGGCGGAAGCUGCAAUUGAUGCUAUCUUGGGUGUCUUCGCCGAUAAACAUGAAGAAUUUGGACAGCACACCUCAAAUGUCCCCUUUGAGGGUCAGGCGAGUUCCGACAUGCUUGGGGACUCCACUGGAAAGCUCCCACAGAUUGUUCGAGAAGCCGCCGACGCACUGCGAUGGCUUCGAAGACGCGGACGAAAACAGUGGAGCCUGAAUGGAUGGUCGAGCGCCUGGGUGUUGAAAUCGGCUUGCAUCUCAAAGACUGCACCGUCGGCGUCGGUGUGCCAUCACCUUGCGGAUAUCGAAAAGAUAAUUCGAGGCAAAUUCAUCCCCCAAUUACUCAUUCAGAAGCUCGUUGAGAAGCCGCUGAUUGUUAACGGCAAAACAUUCGAUAUCCGCGUGUUCGUUCUCGUUACAUCAUGGAGUCCCCUAACAGUCUGGAUGUACAAGAAGGCGCUUGUCCGGGUUGCUGAGGGCACACGACGAAAUCGUUCCGGCAAAGCAACGACACCUAGAAUGCGGCAACAUGACUCCUCCGAAGCUUUGUGUCCUCUUGCGAAAGAGGGCGAAAUCUGGUCUUCUCAAGCUCUGCGCGAGCUCUUGCAAGGCGUCUGCGGAGAUGAUAUUUGGAUUUCAUCAAUUUAUCCUCAAAUGCGCAAAACAGUGACUGAGACAUGUCAGUCUGUUCAGAACGAGGUCGUCCACCGGGCGAGAUCACAUGAGCUUUUCGCGUUCGACUUUUUGGUCGAUUCUUCAUUCAAACCUUGGCUGUUGGAGGUUACGAAAUCCCCUGAUCCCGCCAGCGGCUCUUCGACACGCUGUGUCCAAGACUUGGCAUCCCAAUGUCUGUGCGAUUCCCUUAAGGUCAUCCUCGACUGGAACCCCAAAACACGACUUGACACAGGAAACUUUGAGAUGGUACAUGUGGGCCCGCCGACCAACGGGAUCGCUGCCAUUUGGGCUCGGCAAGACCUGGUUGUGAAAGGAUCGAGUUGCACUCGAGCUCUCCCCCAUCGACACGACUCUUCACGAAAGGCGAGCUCACCUCGCGAGUAACCCAACGAAGCUAGUUCUAAUGCGUGCAGCCCCAUCAGGAGCUGGAAGCACCCAGGAGGACGUUGGCUGCUGCAUUUUGGAAUGUUCAGGCACCAUUCGAUUGCCUUCCAAAGAUGCUGAACAGGGAUUCAAAGAGCCGAACAUUGUCGCAAUUGUUUCACGAGCACCGUUAUAGGACGUGUUCCAUCUCAGCGACAGAAAGCAUGUCCAUCCGAUAGAAUUAAUUUUUGUAAAGAAGAAUCUGGAAGAAGUGUGUCUGAGGAAUCUUGUCAUGCCGACACACUCGGAGGCUGAAGGUACAUCUUGAUCUGUGUGAGUACAUGUUACUUCUGGUCGCUUGCGCUGACCAGAUAUAUGGUUUUCUCGUAUUAACCCGGCAUUCGAAAGUAAGCCAAAAUGGUCCUAAGCACCAUCCAAAUAGCGACUCGCUGUCGGCCGUCAAAGUUCCUGCCCCAGCAUGUAGCGUCGAUAUGGGACACGCUGCAGACACGCAUGCAAUAAACAUGAAGUUUGUGCAGUCAUUGUCUACGAAUUGCUGCUCAGAACCAUUUCUAAAUUAUUUUACCGUGGCGUUACCAUGGUUGACGCCGGUUUCAGUGUGCCCUUGCGUGCGAGCGGCAGCACCUUCGCAGCAGGACCAUCCAGCUCCUUAGUA